CAGACACCCAACAGCACUUCCUACAUCACCGUACAACUCAAGCGUUUACCCCAUCUCAUCUCGCGUCAGCCGUUUCCCGAUGCGUGUAGUGUUUACAGUGAGUUCCCGUUGAACGCAGAGUACGCGCCGCGCGCUGCUCGCAUCAUCACUAAAUGACACCCCGGACCGCUGCAGCAAAGUGCGCUUUACAUCCAAAUUACAGCUUCACACGCGUUUAACCCAGAUGGAAAGGCAUCAUCUAAGGAGUUCAGAGUGAUAUUACUGCGGUGAUUUAUUUAUUUUUUUCUUCGGAAAAUGAGUGGAGGGGAAAUCAUCUGUCAAGGGUGGCUGAGAAAGUCACCACCCGAGAAAAAACUGCGGAGAUAUGCAUGGAAGAAGCGCUGGUUUAUCCUGCGCAGCGGGCGCAUGAGUGGUGAUCCGGAUGUGCUGGAAUACUACAAGAGUGAUCAUGCCAAAAAGCCCAUUCGCCUCAUAGACCUGCACUGCUGUGAGCAAGUAGACGCAGGCCUCACCUUUAAACGCAAAGAGUUUCAGGACAGCUUUGUGUUUGACAUCAAGACGGCUGAGAGAACGUUCUACCUGGUGGCAGAGACAGAAGAGGAGAUGAACCGCUGGGUGCGUUCAAUCUGCCAGCUCUGUGGAUUCAACCAGUCAGAGGACAGUCACCAUGAUGAGAGAUCUUCCACUUCCCACAUUUCCCGUUCCUUGGCUAAUGAUCUGGGCAGCUCUCUGGCUCCUUUGAUUGGUGAACGUAAAACCUCUGUCCCUGCACAUUCCAGCCAGCCAAUGCUGUUCACAUUCGACAUUCCAGUACGCCACUCCCACAGUCCUUUGUCUAACAGUGCUCCUCAGGACUACCUCCUCCUCCAUCAGUGCAUGAGCCGCAAGAGUGAGAGCACACGGAGUGCCAGUUUCUCACAAGUCUCACGCAGCAGUCUUUGGGUGGGCAGUGACUCUGCGGUUCAAAGACUCACUCAUGGUUUCUCUCACUGUCUGAAUGGCAUGGGCGCCCAGCUUCAUGGUUUCUACAGCUUACCCAAACCCUGCAAGCAACAACAGCCCCCCUCGCGGACAGAUUCUCGUGAUGCUUGCUAUGUCCUUCCCAGGGAUUACAGCUCCGAAGGGUCCUCAGAGCUUGAGUCAGAAGAUGUCUACACCUAUAAGACUCCCAGUAACACUUUAGCAGCCCCACAUGCCAACGAACAGCGACCCCUCGAUAACUAUGACCAACCCAGCAUUCCUGGCUCUGUGUACCACAUCCCUCGCACAUUCGAUAAAAACCACAAUGCCGUGAUACCAUCCAGUGCUGACUCCACGAAUGCACCCCCUCCUAGACCACCCAAACCCAGCCAAAGCUUGGAAACUCGGUGGGGCAGCCCACUGUCCAUGGGGACUCAAAAUGGUGAGGUAGCCACAGUUUCUGUCAUUCCCAGGAGGAACACAUUGCCAGCGGUGGAGAACAUAAAGCUUCACAGAGGAUCCUCUUUUGAGACCAGCAGUCACCAGCGGCCAGUUUAUUUCAAUAACUCUGGUCAGUCAGUGGAGUCUGUCAAUGAUGGUUUCAGCUCUUAUCUGAGAACUAAAGCCCCAUUGACCCGCUCUGACAGUGCCGGCUCUGAGGAUAACUAUGUGCCCAUGAAUCCUGGCUCAUCCUCAUCCCUUCUCAGUGCCGCCCUCGCCGACAGUCCCAAAAAUAAUUACAUUCCCAUGAGCCCAGGCCCUCACCAUUUUGAUUUCCCAGGAUUUUCAGCAACGUUGCCUGCCAGGAAGGGCAGUACAGCUUCAUUAGGUCUCCGGCCUGGCCGACUAAGUGACGUCACACCUCCACCAAUCAAUCGCAACCUUAAACCCAACAGGACAGCAAAACCAACACCUCUUGACUUGAGGAACAAUGGCAUCAUUGAUGAACUUCCCUUCAAGAGCCCCAUCACCAUGUCUUGGACCAGACCAAUGCCUAUGAAUUCCAUCUCAUCACAGCACUGUCGGCCCAUCUCCACGCAGAGCAUCACCAGCACUGAUUCUGCAGACAGUGAGGAGAACUAUGUGGCAAUGCAAAACCCAGCGUCUGCCUCGCCAGCAAUGAGUGGUACCAGCAGUCCUGCACCCAGGAAUUGUGGUAAUGUGGACUAUUUGGCUCUGGACUUUAAGCCUGGCUCCCCUGAUCCACACAGAAAGCCAUCAACUUCUUCAGUGACCUCGGAUGAAAAAGUGGACUACGUCCAAGUGGACAAAGAGAAGACACAGGCCCUUCAGAACACCAUGCAGGAAUGGACAGAUGUGCGACAGUCAACCGAGCCUGUGAAAGGCAUCAAGUCUUGAUGUUCAAAUGGUCAUACACUGGCAAAGAGUGGGCACACUGAAUGUGUUCCUUCACGUCACCCAAAAUGCUCUCAUACUGUAACACUGUUAUUUGGAGAAUAUUUGGAUCCAAAAUGAUGUACCUGGGACAAAAUAGCGAUGUGAUGGACAAAAGCCAUAGAUCCCAUUCAUUUAGUCUUUGGAGGACAAAACCCCACUGAACCUCCAGGACUGUAAUGCAAGGCAUGUUAGACUUAUUAAAAUUUUUAAAAGUCCUGUGCAACCUCACUUUGGCUACUUGCUCUAUAUGAUUGUGAGUCGAGAACCAUAAGGGGUCAAUGUGAAAUGGUGGAGUUGCAUUCUUUUGGUUUAAGUGAAAAUGGAGUCACUUUAUUCAUCUUUGACCUGUUGACAUUCAUAUUUAAAGCAGUCUCUUGGACACUGGGCAGAACAGCACAUUAACAAGUCUGCACGUUUAGUCGCUUUGGAUAUUAGAAAUUAGAAAAUAGAUCCUAACAGAUGUUUGUCGCUCAUUCCCUGUUAUCUUGACACCAGAUAUGCAUUUCAAAGUAUCCAGUGGGCAAACCCUUACUUUGCAUGCAGUCUGAAUAGGCAUAAUAUGACUAAAUGGAAUCAGUUGGAGUUGUCUAUAUAACACAUCUCCCUAAAACAUAAAGCUUUCCUGGCUGUCACUACAAAAUAGGCUAGAGCAAACAGACAACAAAACACACAUAUGCAAAACCCAAGAAAUAUUAUAUUGUAUAGCAACACAUCUGAUUUGUUGAAAUACCUCAAGCCAAUGUGUUUUUAUUAGCUGACAGAAGAGGGAUGUAUGGACAGUUUAUUUUGAAAUCACUCACAUUUAUUAGAUGUUUUAUUGUUACUGUUUGCUCUCAUCGCGGUUUUAUUUCAGGUGUUAGAGCAAAUGGCUUUCUAAUAUAAAGAUUUUCACAUUUACUAAUGGUAAGAGAGGUUAAAAUAAACCCAUGCUAACCUCACAUCCUUUCAAUCAAUCAAUUUCCUCCAGCAAAAUGGCUGGAUAAUGCAAGCAGCUGUGGCUAUAAAUCAUAACAGCCAUGCUUAUCUAUGUCUAUGGAUAUUAGUGGAAGGUCAAGACACUUAGAGAGUGCAUGUUUAAGAUGGCACCUUAAACAGUACAGAAUAAUCCAAUGCUCAGUCAGGAUUGUUUCAACAGAUUUGCAUAUAGCAGGGAUUUGAAAUUCAUUUGAGGUGAUGUGUUUUUUUCAAUGUUAAAAUAAGUUUAAAGGUGCUGUAAGCGAUUUUUUCAUGGAAAAGUAUGCAAAAAAUAAAAAUAAAUAAAUAAAUAAAUGUCCUACUCCCUUAAAGAUAUGAAUGAAAUAAGUGUCCUGAGAUAUCUCACAGGUCUCUGUGUCAGCUGUAGACUUUGUAAACAGCAAACAAAAAUGUGUCCACGGACUUUUCACCAGUCAAUCAUUUUGCUAAUUUUCAUAGUGUUGUAUUUGAUGUGGAUCAUUGAGGCUAUGAUUCAUAAUGUUUGUUAUUUGAGGGCGCUAUUGUGCCACUGUUGAAUUUGACAGCCACAGGAACAAACAGUGCUGCUCUUUUGCUUGGUUGGUCUCAAAAUUAUCUUUGGACGACGGGGCUUUGGAAUGAGGGGGCGUGGCUAAUCCAACGGCUCAAUCACGUGAAAGCUUCAGAAUGCUAAAAUCGCUUACAGCAUCUUAAAUGUGCAGAGAAAACUCAAGUAAGCCAUUUGUAGGUUGACUUGCCUAAAGAGUGAAAACACAUUGGCUCUCUGGUGCUUUAAACAAUGCUAUUUGUUGAAGCAGUCUGAAAUCUAAACUAGUGGCUCAACCAAUGGCGCAAGUCUGGGGCAGGACUAUCUGUUUGACUGUUGGCAAAAAAUGUGGACAACAGAGCCAAUUAUUUAGAAAUGAGCUUGAUGACAUUUAUUUUCUCGAAAUCCUAAAUGUGUGAGAAUACUAUAAUAAUAGCAUUAUUAAAGGUUAAGGAAACCAUACAAAUGUAAUUGUAUUUAAAUAAUAUGAGCUCGCUUGGGUUUAGGGACAAGCAAAGCCAUCAAGAAAGAACCUCUUGGACCAACACAAAGAAUACAUAUUUCAAAGCUGCAUGUUUUGUUGCAGGAAAUUGAGUAGACAUGAUAUUUUAACAUUUUUAAUGUAAUAUUAUUUGUUAUUUGUGAUGUAUUAUUUACUAAAAUAAGAAGCCCUCCCACGAAACAUCAUAUCCUGAUCCGUUGCGUUUGUUUUGGGGCGCUCAAAGCCUAGUGUGACUUGCUGUGCAAGUUAGUCAAAUUAAAUAUAUUUAUAGCAAUUUACCAGAAUAAUAACACAUCCAGAUUAAUGGCACAGGUGUUUGAAGGUUGCUCUUUUGCCCGCUAGAGGACUGAAGUUUGUUCCUAACACAGUAAGUGCAAGAUCGCACUUUAAUCAUGUUCAGACUGCAAGUAUGUUUCAGCCUUUAUAUUUAGAUCAGUUCAUGUUCAGUGGUUUAUUUAAAAUGUCCAUUACAAGACUGCCAUUAUGUUACUAAACUUUUAGGAACAAAAAUUCUGUGACGAUUUCACACUGGCAUUGGCCUUGACAGUUCUUUACCAUGUUUAUGUGAACUGUUGAGUGUCUGAAAUUAGUUUCUUUAUGUCUUUUUUUUAUUCUGGAAAAAAAAAAUGUAUUGUUAUGGGAGAGUUCUAGUAAGUGAAUAUAAUACUUGUGUGUGAGCUGUAGUUUACUUUUUUGUUAGGGGGACUUGUCAGAUCAGGGCAGGAGAGAAAGUAUGACAAAAUGUAAAAAAAAAAAAAAAAAAAAAAAAUAUUGAGUUGACUUCUCUGUAAAGCAUUUCUGUUAAACUCUUGGUCGCUUGUGAAUUAAUUUAUUAAUUUAUUGUGUUUUGCAGGUAGACAAAAUAUGUAAAAAGAAUGAAUUUGUGGCUCUACUAACAUUAAUUUAUGCUAUUUGUCCUGAUUUUGUGAAGCAAAUUUGCCAAGCAAAGCCAGUAAAAUCUUCAAAUGUGGUUCAUUUGAGAUGUUUUUGUUGGUGUUGGUGUUAUUGUUGUUGUCCAAUGACAUUUUACUUAAAAUUGUUAUGCAAAUAAAUUGAAUUGUAACCACAUCCCUUUUAUCAAA